AUGAUCACCAGAGACGAUGAGCGGCAAUUUCUCAUGACUUCAGUCCGACGAUACUGUAAGAAGGAGCCACACAACAUAAUUGAUCCCCAUAUAAGUGAUCAAAUUGAUAGUAGUUCUUAUCAUAUAUUCCAAGAAAUUGCAUAUCAAUGCAUUAGUUUCAAUUUAAGGGAACGCCCUAGGAUGGACAAGGUCAUUGAGAGGAUUGAGGGAGCAUUAACUAUUCAAAUACAAAGUGUUCUUGAUAAACUAAACACCACCAGUCCUGACGGCCUAUCCGCUGCUGAAAUCCAACUCCUAAGAAAAAUAAUGGAGGAUAACCGUGUCGCCAUCCGUAUUUACACAUACCAACUUAUGAUGCCGAAUUCCCAGACAGAGGAACAGGCAAUCCAUAAUGUAAAGAAAUCAUCCAAUGUUGAAGAAAACAAAGGCUUCAUAGUCUCUUGCGGGGCUGUCCCAGGAAUUGUUCUUGUGCUGAAGGUAGGUAGAAUGGAAGCGUGUGAGAAUGCAGCUGAUACCAUUUCAAGCGUCUGUGUAACUGACGAAAACAGGGCAAUCAUUGGUGCUGAAGGAGCUAUCCCACCUCUGGUAUUACUGUUGAGUACAGGUACUCAGAAAGGGAAGAAGGUCGCAAUUAUUGCUUUGUUUAAUUUAUGUUUAGAUCGGGAUAACAAAGGAAGGGCGGUGAAGGCGGGUGUAGUCCCCAUUUUGAUGGAGCUUCUGACCGAACCACAGGGUGUGUUGAAGGAGGAAGCAUUAUCCAUUCUAGCCAUACUCUCAAGCCACGAAGAAGGGAAGUUGGCUAUUGGUACGGCAGAGGUUGUGCCUGUUCUGGUUGAGGUUAUUGGGAGUGGAUCGCCGACAAACAAAGAGUAUGCAGCUGCAGUUUUGGAGGAACUGAAGGAUUUACUACAACAUGGAGUCGUGGAGAAAUUGAUGGAUUUACUACAACAUGGUACGGAUAUGGAAAAAAGAAAAGCCAAACAGUUACUAGAAAAGAUAGAAGACCACCGCCGCACUACUGUGAAGUCGAACGAUGAUGAGUAUGUUGAAAUCACUUUGGACGUCCGUGACGACUCGAUGUCUGUGUUCAGUGUGAAAACGGGUGACAAAGCUGACGUGGAAGAUCCACAACUGAAUUUGUUACCUAAAGGGUUGGAAAAGAGGUCUCAUGUGGGUCAAAAUAUGUCGACGAGGAUGCGGCAGGUGUCUAAAGAAUUGAAACCGUUUGCCAACCGCAGGCAGUUUUAA